AUGCAAUACCGUGAGAAUCGUCUCGAGACGUUCGAGAACGGUGCCUUUCAAGGAAAGUCGAAACAAAUGCGAUAUUGGACUCAUAGUAGACCAACGCCUGAGGUACUCGCAGAUCAUGGGUUCUUUUUCACGCCUACAAAGCUAAAUCAGGAUCAAGUUACAUGUUGUGUUUGUAGGAAAAAGGAAACUAAUGUGGAAGGGGUUGAGAAUAUGGCUAUGUAUCAUUUAGAAAAUAACCCUGAAUGUCCGUUGGCCACGAUAAUAUCUUUACAAAUACAACAUAUUCUGAGCGAAUCAACACUGGAGGAAUUUUGGAAGGAUGAGGCCCUGGGUGCUUUAAAGGAUCCAUUAUCAAAGAAUGCUAUAAAUAUGCGGAAGAAAACCUAUGGACUGAACUGGAAGUACGACUAUAGUCGUGCAGAUCUCUCACUGGGGAAAGUACCAAUUAAACCUAUAGCUACCAGUACAGCACUUGCAAACGCUGGAUUUUAUUAUUGUCCAUUGAGAUAUGGCAAUGAUAGAGUGCAAUGUGUAUAUUGUAAUUGUUCCUUAGAUACCUGGCUGCCUUCUGACAAUCCGAUGGAUGAGCAUCGUCAGAAUGCAAUCAACUAUUGUUAUUUCUUGGACGUUAUUGAUAACCAAUCAAAUCCAAAAACCAAUAUAAAACGACUGACACCUUCUAUUCAGACCCAGAAUAAUAUUAUCACCAUCAGUGACUCAGAAAUGGAAGCUACCGCUUCGGAGUCAGAUGAAGUACCCCCAGUUAACAAUAGAAGUACUAAACGGAAAUCUGACAAUUCAGUGAUAGAAGAGAAUCAAGAGAAAGUAAUUCCCAGAAAGAGAACGAGGAAACUUCCUGUUAUAUCGGAUUCUCAGUCUAGUUCUAGUUCUAGUUCUAGUUCUGAAUCUGAGUCCGAUUCAAUAAUUCAACAAGACGAUAAUGCUGGCUCUGAAAAGAUAGCUUCAACACCAUCGGAUCCAGUUGAAGAAAAACUUGACGAAAUAAUUGCCAUAUCUAGUCCUGCCUCUGAUACUUCAAUUCAACGGAACCAUGACGCUGAAAAAUCAAGAGAAAUGAUGAGCUCUCCAGAUUUGGAAAUUAAGGAGUUCGAUGAUCACCCACAAGUAGAAGAUGAUAUGGAGGAUGUAGAAGUAGAAAAACCUGACGAUAGCGAGGAAAAUUCUAGUAUAAGUGAAAGCUCUGUCUAUGAAGAUGACUCAGACGUUCAAGAAUAUGCAGAGUCAAAAUCAUUCCUGGAUGACGAAUCCUAUCAUGACGACGUAGAUGAGGAAGAAGAUGAGGAAGAAAUUAAUCUUGAGGUACCGAAGAGGAGAAAGUUACGAAUGGAGUUAACAAAGGAUGCUCUGGAUGAGGAUGAUUUUAAGGCUCCUGUGAAAACAGCACAAAAGAAACCUGUAAAAAAUUCAAAGAAAAAUCAGAAACCAAUUACAGUAGAUGACGUUAAUAAUAUAUCGUUUGAUGACGAAAGGUUCCAACAAAUACUUACAUCUCCCAAGAAAAACAAGAAAAUAAAGAUUAAUGAUAAGAAGAUUACCUCAAAAUCCCCUUCCCUCCAUGAUAUUUCGAACCAUAAUCUUGGUGACUACGAAGAAGAUAAUUUAGAAUACUUGGAGAAGCAUAUAAAUAUUGCAUCUGAAAAUUUAUCACCAAUACAGCUUUCACCAGAACCUCGAAACCAACCACCCUCUAUUGAUAAAGUAUUAGAGCCAUUUUCAACCGCAUUGAAACCUCAAUUACUUAAUGCUCCAGCAAAAAUAUCUAGAUCUGUGGAUUUGAAGGGACAGAAGACUAAAAAUAUUUUAGAUAUGUCUUUUGGUGAUGACAUAUUCUCAACUAAAGGAGAAGAAAUUAAUUUUGAUCCGAUAAGGAAUGGCGGAGAAGCGAAACCCAUCCAAACUCAACAAAUACUCGAGGAUGAAGUGAAUCAAUCACAAGUGGCGGAAGACAGUGAAGAUUCAAUUUCUGAUUCUAUGUAUAUUGAUGCAGAGGAUAGUUUGAAUAUUGAAGAUGAAUCUCAUGGGAGUGGGACCGAAUUUGAAACUCGAAAUAUUCUGAAGGAUUUGGGGUCUAGUAAUACUUCAAUCAAAAAUAAUACAUUGGAUACCAAAAAUGAAAAAGUUUCAAGAGAUGAAGUUAAACAAUCAGAUCCAGAAUUAGGGGAACCAUUGGAAAAUUCUACAAUGGUAUCAUCGCCUCUUGUAUCACACAAUAUAAAUGAAACCAAUACUGAUAAGGUGAAUCUUAAAUCCGAAACCACACCAGAAUUUGAUAGAUCAAAGAGUAAAAUCAUCUCUUCAGACAGAAAUGAUAAUGAAAAUAUUAUAGAAAAACCCACAAAAGAGGAAUCACCCAUGUCGAAAAGACCACAGAGCAGUAUUGGAUCAUUUGACCCUGUAAAUUUCGGAUCGGGAUCUCCAAUUGAUACCCCAUCGAAGCAUUCUGUUGGUAAUUCAUUUAAGAAUGCCCCUGAUAUUGAGCCGUCUUCGCCAACCCUAAAUAACUCCAGGAAUAAACUACCAGAAACCUCUCCUCUUGGAAGAAAUUCUACUAUGAUUGAAGAAACAUUGGAUACACCAGAGGCUCCAUCAGAUAGAAUGAAUAUCGAAGAAGGGAAACUUGGAGAGCGAAAGUCACUGACCUUGAACCAAGACAUAACUGACUCCUUCAAUAGACUACUUGAAUCAAGUACUCCGCAGAAAAAAACUGGAAAUGAAAAUGAAAAUGAAGUGAAAGAAAGAGAAAUAUAUAAUAAUGAAAAACGACUAUCUCCACAAAUAUGGAAGAAGGCAUCAUUCGCAAGUCUUCUAGAUAAUUUAAAUAAUAUGGAAACUGCAUCCCAGUAUCUUCACACUCUUUCCACAUCUAAGUUUGAACUCAACGAUGAUUACGAUGGAGAGCUUACAUCAUUUAUUUCAAAUAUGCCUGAGGAAGAAGAGGAGAUGACCUUACAACAGUGGAUUCGAUCAAAUGCUGCAAAUUGUCGGAAACUCCUAGAACAAGUAUGUACGGAAAUGAUCGAUAGUUACACGAAAGAAUGUGAAAGAGCAAUGACUAUCCUUCAAGACUUACCUACUGAAGAUUAA